AUGGCAUUGGACGUGCUCGUCAGGCUGCUGAUCCUCGCGGCCGUCGCGAGCGCCAUGCCGGUGCCGGGCGCCGCGGAUCCCGCCGGCGCCGGGCUCGCCAUCGGGUUCUACGACAAGAGGUGCCCGAAAGCGGAGGAGCUGGUGCUCGAGGAGAUGCGGGACAUCGUCCACGAGGACAGGACCCUCGGCCCGGCGCUGCUGCGGCUUCUCUUCCACGACUGCUUCGUCAGGGGGUGUGACGGGUCGAUCAUGCUGAAAUCGAGGAGCAAGAAGGGGGAGAGGGACGCCAAGCCCAUGAGCUACAGCCUCCGCGGCUUCGACGAGGUCGAGAGGAUCAAGGCCAAGCUGGAGGACGAGUGCCCGCUGACCGUGUCGUGCGCAGACAUCAUCAUCAUGGCCGCGCGGGACGCCGUGUACCUGACCAACGGGCCACGGUUCCCGGUGGAGACCGGACGCCGGGACGGCAAGGUGUCCUCAUGCCUCGACGCCGAGAACGACCUGGCGCCGCCGAACGCCAACAUUGUGGACCUGAAGACCUACUUCAGCGUGAAGAACCUGUCGUGGAAGGACCUCGUCGUCUUGUCAGGGAGCCACACGAUCGGGAGGGCGCAGUGCAACGCGUUCGCGCCGGACCGGCUCUACAACAACAGCGGCAAAGGGGUGCAGGACCCGACGCUGGACAAGGCGUACGCUCCGGAGCUGCGGGAGAGGUGCGAGCCAGGCAACGAGAAAGACGAGACGCCCGUGGACAUGGACCCCAAGAGCCCCUACGAGUUCGACCUCAGCUACUACCGGGACGUGCUCAGCAACAGGACCCUGUUCGUCUCCGACCAGGCGCUGCUCGACGACAAGUUGACGAGGGACUACGUGGCGAGGAUGGCGGCCGCCGAGUCGACGGAGGAGUACUUCCAUGACUACGCCACCGCCAUGAUCAACAUGGGCAGGAUGGAGGUGCUCACCGGCGACAACGGGGAGAUCAGGAAAAUCUGCAGCGCGUACGUUCACUAA